GGUGCACGAUCCGUUUAUAAGCGAAAUUCGUGGAGGACCGGUGGAACUCAUUAAAAUGGCGAAAGGAGACACCGUGUUUAAGAUGGUCGACUACUUAAAAGCCGUGCUGGGUCUAACAUCCGCACCCUCGAAUCUCGUGUUUGUGGAUCCACGUGACAGGGAGGUGCACACUGUGCUGACCAAAACCACGACGAAAGAGGUGGCCAACUACGCGACCUUCAAGUUGUUCAUGCACCUGCUGCCCCUGAUACCCGACGAGGAGAACCUCAAGAAGUUCAGGGAGUUCGGAAGCCGCGCCUACUUCCGACGCCUCGAGCCGCCCAACAGACUCACGCACUGCGUCAAAAUGGCCGACGAUAUCAUGCCUUACGACGUACUUACGGUCAUUGCACAGGAGGAUAAGCUUCGAACCACCACUGUUAUGACCAUCAUGAACGACACACUCGGAAAGUUGUUCGCAGACUUCGCUGCUCCAGGGGCGGCAGCGGGGAGUGGUUCGAAGAAGAACUGGAAGUCUUCGAUUAUGUCGGACGCCGUACUGGGCAAAGGUUCCGUGUUCGGGACCAAGAACAUCAGGGUUACCGGCAACACUCUGGAAUUCGUCCAAAACGGUCUCCAGAGCAUAAGGUGGUUCUACCCCACAAACAUGGAUGCCAUCAUUAAAAACCUGGCGGUCGUUCCAUUCGCUGCUGAGGCAAGCCUGAUGGGAUCAAUCAAGCAGGCCGCAAAUGCUCUUAUGAAUAACCGACAUCAGAGUAAACGCGUGUGGAGCGAGGAAGGAAGCCUGUCCGCCAAGCCAUUCUACGAUCCCAUUGCGGAUAUCAUCUAUGUUCCGUUCGGAUUUUCGAUGAUUCCGUUCUUCCACAAGGACAACGACGACUUGCUCUCCCAUUCUACACCAUCGUUUACAACGGUGCUCAUCAAAGCUUGUCUGGAGAGAUACGUGACCCACGCGUAUAAGGACAAGACCUACAGGACAGCACCUCCUCCACCUAUGUUGGUACCGGGUUUUGUGAUUGCGGCGGCUGAAACUGUGAACGAAAUCAGAAAGAGGGUCAAGUGCUUCCAAAAGCUACCGAACGUUCGUGAUAAGGCUUUGUCAAUGUUCCUGACAAGAUCUGCGAUGUAUCUCACCUACAAAGUAUGGCGGCAUGGUAAAAACCAUGCCACGUUCGACCUGUCGUACCAGAUGCGAUUGGCCGGACUGCCGUUCUUCAGCGAGGAGGCCAUCUUCUAUGCCUCUGCGGCGCAGGCCAUAUGUGAAGCGGCAAAUCCAGAAGCCGCACCAAAGUAUCUCAUCGAUCACUCCAAGGCCGUCGUGGAUAUGGCUCUUCACGGCGACCACUUCGGCAUGACGAUGCACUGCCACAAGAAACGGCCGGCGUUCUCCGCGCCCAGUUGCAAGCACAUGUUCCGGGAGCUGGAGCUGUCCGGGGAAAACCUCAAUUCCGACCGAGGGCCCCGAUUUUCGUAAAGCGCAAGA